UCAACCCCAUAGUGCUUGCAGAGGCAGGAGCCUGGUCCUAUCUUCGGGCCUUGCAGACCAAGGCUGUGGAGGCUGGCUGUUCAGUGGGGCUUAUUUCCGAGUAAUAGAGGCAUUGGGCGGCAUCCACAACCACACCACCGUCUCACUAAACUGGCUCCACAAUCAUUCCUUCUCCUCCUUAGGGAGCCCUGGGAGCUGUAGUUCGGGGCUCCCUCGGGAAUUCUUAAGAGCAGUGGCUUUUAGAUGAGGUCUUUAAGAGACUUUGGCAGACUAGGAGCCUUUGAGGAGUUGGUUCUGCCCAUGUUGCUGUGGUAACCUAAGAUGAUCUCCAACCCAUGUAGAGGCAGCGCUGCAUCUGGUCUAUCAUCGUUGUCUCUUGGAAAUAGGAUUCAUCCUGGUGCAGAAAGGAGCAGCAGCAUGGCUUCUCCUAAGGGAAUUGGGGUUUCUCUCAUUUCUCCUGUUUGAUAGGAAGUUGUGGUACAGACACAGCUCCUGUCUUCCUGGGUGGAUAAAAUAACCUCUUUUCUGUAGAACUGAUUAUCUGUAUUCUGGUUUGCUUGUUUAAAUGAUCUCUCUUAUGUUUGUGGCAGCUUACAAAUCACUAAAAUAUACUGGGUUGCAUACUGACUAGUGUUGAAUGCACAGAAGCUGUUUCACUUGAGCAUAAAGGAGGUGGCUGAUUUUUGGCAAUUUCCUCCUUUCUUCUACCCCCAACUCCCUCCCUGUAAAUAUGUCCCCAAAGACCCUCUAACUCUCACAGGCAUAAUUUUUUUGCGACCAGCAGAGGGAUGGGAUAUCAGUGAAAAAAACUCCUCUAUGCAUAAAUGAAUAGCUUUUUCAUAUAUGCCUCUAGUAAAUAUAUGGCCCUGUGACAAUAAGAUCCAGUUGAAAGAAAAUGACCAUCCUUUAUGCAAAGUAUUUGUAGACCACCACAUUUGAGUUCACACUUAAUUCAAGAGGGCAGGUUUCACACUGCUUUGUAGGUUUUAGGCUGGUGUCUCCUUACCAACAACCUUGGAGUUCAAUAAGAGCAUCAGAUGAAUUUAUUGUGCUGGGACUAUUAUGAAGAUGAAUGGAUCAGUUCCUCUUUUGAUUAGUCUUAAUUUUCAGGGGGUUGAUGAAGCGUUGGAGAGAAAUUUCUAUAUGGGGAAACCUUGAAAAAUUGGAUUCCUUAUCUGCAGCAACACAGUAAACCUUUAGGAUUCUACCAUCUUAUUUUGGCAUACUUAUUUGUUUUGAAGAUAUAAAAUAUACAUACAGUGCCCUAAAAAGACAAUGUUGUAGAACCAUGUACCAAAACCUAUGGUUGGCAUUUUGGAAUACAAGACCACUCCAGCAAUCAAAUGGAGGAUUAAAGUAUUUUUAAGCCACCUUUCAACUUAAAGAACGAAUAUGCAUGAAAGAGUAAACCGUACAGAGAGACAGUUCAGAUCCCUUCCAGCCAGUCAACAGAAAUUGCUUCCUCAGUUCCUUCCUCACCUUGACAAAAUUCGGCAGUGCAUUGAUCACAAUCAAGGAAUUUUACAGACAGUUGUGAAUGACUGCACGCACAUGUUUGAAAACAAAGAAUAUGGUGAUAGUGGAAAUGGAAAGAUUACACCAGCCUCCACUUUUGACAUGGAUAAAUUAAAGUCCACUUUGAAACAAUUUGUAAGAGACUGGAGUGAAACGGGGAAGCCUGAGAGAGAUUCCUGCUAUCAGCCAAUCAUUAAUGAAAUUAUAAAGAACUUUCCAAAAGACAGAUGGGAUCUCUCCAAAGUUAAUGUCCUGGUACCUGGUGCUGGGCUAGGUAGAUUGGCCUGGGAAAUAGCUAUGCUUGGUUAUACUUGUCAAGGAAAUGAAUGGAGCCUUUUUAUGCUCUUUUCUUCUAACUUUGUACUCAACAGAUGCUCUGAAACCAACUCAUACAAACUAUAUCCCUGGAUCCACCAGUUUAGUAAUAACAAGAGAUCUGCUGACCAAAUACAACCAGUUUAUUUCCCUGAUGUUGACCCUCACAGUCUUCCUCCUGGUGCAAACUUUUCUAUGACAGCUGGAGAUUUUCAAGAAAUCUACUCGGAGUGUAAUAUUUGGGACUGCAUAGCAACCUGUUUCUUCAUAGACACAGCACAUAAUGUCAUAGAUUACAUUGAUACAAUAUGGAAAAUUCUAAAACCAGGAGGAAUAUGGAUCAAUUUAGGACCUCUGCUUUACCACUUUGAAAACUUAGCAAAUGAGUUAUCUAUUGAAUUGAGCUAUGAGGAUAUAAAACAUGUCAUAUUACAAUAUGGAUUCCAUAUAGAGGUGGAAAAUGAAUCUGUUUUGACAACAUAUACUGUGAAUGAACUAUCCAUGAUGAAAUACUACUAUGAAUGUGUGAUGUUUGUGGUUCGGAAACCAGAGAGCAGUAUCUGAAACGGAUUAUUGAAGGGAAAAGAUGCUAGUGCUUUUGUCAAUAAUGUUAGCACAAAAUGGCCUCCAAGUGAAGACUGGAUUCAACCUCAUAUCAACGGUGCCUUCUUACGCCUCACACAAUGUAGCUGUUUUCUUAAUAGCUCCUAUGAUAUUCAGAUAUGUACUUCUGGAUAUUUGUAUUCUGGUAUGAAUGUGAGAUGUGAACAUUCAUAGACUUUUUAAAAUUCUGAUAAGCAUUGUUGAUAAGGCUGAUAAUUUUAACAUACCAUUAUUGCCAUUCAGGUUCCUGUUAUACAUCAAUUGUCUUUGUAUUACAGAUUACUUUCAUAUUUCUCCAAAAGAUUCUCUAAUACCAUUUGAAUUGGUUUGUUAUCCCGUGUUGUAUAGAAGGCAAAAAGAAAGUCCUUUAAAAUACUGUUCUAGUGACUCACUUUCCUUGGGAAUUUGCAAAUCUGACAAGCAGUAUCAUGCAAACUUAGCUCUCUACUAAUGGAAGACUUGCAAAAACGUAAAGAGUUUGAAAAGAUACAUGCUAUACAUAAGUUAGGAAAAUUGUAACUCAUGAAACUGAAAGACAUGUAGAGCUGAAACUGAAUAAUGUCACUUGUUCAUGUUGUGAGUAUUUGGUAGGUAAUUUGAAAUUCUGAUAUAUGGCAGCAGUCAUUAAAACUUAUGUUUAAGUUAGAUUGCUAACAGCGCCCACGUUACUCAAGCUUAUGCUAGCUUUUCCAAUCUGUCUGCACUGCUGCGGGCACCUAAGCACUGGUAGCCUUGCACAAAAACACAAAUACUUGCAUUUGUGCACUGACACAUAGGAGCAUAUUGUUUCCAAUGUAAGUUGCAUUCCCAAAGUACAAGUGCACAACUGGCUCUUGUGUAAGGCUGCUGGCACUUCCUUAGGUGCCCAUAGCAGCAUAGGCCAAUCAGAUACGCCAGCAUAAGCCUGCACAACAUGUAAAUUAAUAUUUUGUUCAGUUGGAGUUUUUAGCCGCCAUCCAAACUUACUGCUCUUUUGGACAGUAGAAUUUGCCACUCUUUUAACUCUUCUAUAUUAUGAUGCAUAGUGAGAAAGAGAGAGAGUGUGUGUGCUGAUGCUAGGAUUUUGUGUGGAUCACCCAGAUAAGCUACCUCUUUACUGCAUGAAAUUAAAGUUCUGAUUGUAUUGUGCCAUUGAAAUCUGAAAUAGUGGGUUUCACAACAUAUGUACAAGUUUGUGUGUGUGAGACCACUAUCAAAUUUACUAAAGAAAGUUUCAAAUCUCUCAAGGCAUAAGAUAAAUUAGGUACUUUUCUCCACACUGAAUUUACUGACUUGUGGAAAAUACAGUCCUCCAAAUUACUUCUGGUGUGUUAACUGAACUACAUGGCUUCACCUUCAAAAAUAUGUUAAGCUAUUAAGAGGUAUACUAAGGAAUCACUGAAAUCAGGGGUUGUAAGUGGCUUUGCUGAGGACACCAAAUAACACAAGUUUGCAGGGUGUCCAGAAUUGUAGUUCUCCUUCUAGCAAGGUCUGGUUAAGCAAUGAUGCUUUUAACUUUCCCCCCAUAUUUAAGGGAAACUUAAAAUACAGUUUAUUGCUCAGUGAGCAAAAUUAUUUUACUCAUUUAAGCUGAUAAAAUAGUUCAGAAUAUUGAGUAAAUAUUCAAACUUGUAUACUUUGAUUGCUCUGGCUUAACAGAAAUUGCAGAAAAUCAAUGCUUUGAACUUUUGGCCCCUUUUUAUGUUACCCACAUUUUUAGUAAAUAUGUGAUUAGGUCCCAAUUCUCCCUGCAGAUUUUUACUUUAAUCUUUCUGAAAUCACUGGGUCUCUCUUCCUUGUACCUAUGCUUAGGAUUGUGGGUUUAGACUGGAAUGCACCAGGGAAGCAACACACGAGGAAGCAGCAGCUGUGGUAACUCCUCUGACCUACACUAGAACUUCCUCUUCCUCUCUUACCUGUUCCGUAUUGCUGCUGGAAUAGGAGCAAUUAUUUGUCCAUUGCUUCUUCAGAGUGUGUGUAGGAAGACCUCAGAAUUGAAAUUGAAAUUUUAUAUAAUAUAUAUAAAAUAAAAACAUCCACUAUUCAUCAACAAUCUAAUCACUUUGCCGUGAAUAUCAAAAUUUGUAAGAGUUGCUUAUUUUUGUACAUUUUUUUAGAAUUGAAAAUAUGGUUAUUUUAGGCUGCAUAUUUGGAGCUCAAAUUUCACACCAAUUCUUAUGUUCUGCAUUUCAGAAUGAAGCCCCUUGCACUGUUUUUGAAUCAAAAAAGAAUUCUUUUUGUCUUGCUUUCCCAUCCCUCAAUUGAGUGCCAUUUUUCAUUCAGAAAUACUUGACGCUAUUCUCACUUCAUGAAAUUUAGUACUUUCAAAUAACUAAUUUUUGAGAAUUAUAUUCAGAUUUUCUCUUCAACAUGUACAUCUGAGUAAGGGCAGGGUGAAUACUGAUUAAUAUUACAAAUUAAAAUUCACUGCUUUCUAAAAUUCAUGUUCUGUAUAUUAUUGACAGGACUAAUCAUGUGUAUCAGUCUGUCUUUGUUAUUCCUUGAAGUUUAUGUACAAAGGAAAAUUACCUAUUUUGGUCAACUGAGGCUAACAGUAUAGACAAUUUAAAAUGUAACAGGCUAUUUAGUGUAACAUUUAAAGCUGUAUAUUCCAACCAUUAAAUAAUCUGAGUAAACAGAAACAUGUAAGGCAUCCUGUAUUUUAAAAUGAGUUCUGAAAUCGGCCAUGAAGGUAUGAAUUAGAAGCCUUGUUACAACAUGAUAUCCAGUUUAUUAGCAAGUAAACUUUAUUUUCCCCUCUUAA